AUGAGAGGAAUUUCUGGAUCAAAAUUUGAGGCGUGGAAGACCUUCAAGAAGCGGAGAUUGGGCAGACUCUGGCAUAACUGCAACAGAUCUGAAAAAGUGAUCUGGCUUUGCCCUGCCUGCAACCGACUCAGCUUGUCCAAUUCGGACAAGGACCUCAACACGUCAGGGCUGAGCGAUUCUGCCUUCCUAUCAUCGUUCCAACUGGAGUCUUCCAGAAUCAGCUCAGACUUGGGAGACUUAUUCGGCGUCAACGAUGUCGACAUCAUGGAAGCAGUGGGGUUCGUGGGAAAAGUGUGCGCCGACGCUACACCGCUGAUGCUGGCGGUGAUGCGAGAAGAUCUGCUUUCCUGUUUGCUGAAUGAAGAGGUCGGCAAGGAACAGGUUUUCGACACCACGAGGGAAAAUGCCACAGUCGUGCACUACGCCGCGAUGAACAAGGUGCACGGCGAAGAAAUCAUCAGGUACCUGGUCGCAUCGUGGCAGGUCAAUUUGAGCUGUAAAGACCGUAAUGGCGAGCAGCCGGUCCACUACGCCGCCAGGGUGGGCAACUUCAAGGUUGCAGAGUACCUGCUUGAGGCUCAAAAUUCCAAGGACAACAUCCUGCAAUUUUUGGUGAAGGAAAACAACCUCGCCAUGGCCAAGGAGGUCCACGAGUACAACCCGAUGCUGAUCCAUUGCGUGGACCCUGACGGAAGGUCCCUUCUCCACCUCGCAGCCAUUUUUUCUGAUGUAGAGAUGUGCCGCUGGCUGCUCAAGAAUAAAAAUGGCUUUGAACCAUCUCGGACCGAGAUUGGCGACAAUUUGCUGCACUCUGCCGCCAUGAACCGCAAGCAGGACGUGGGUGCAGAUUUAAUCUGGUUUCUCAAACUUGAGAAUUUCCCCUCCCUCGACCCUAACGAGUACAACAAAGAGGGCAAGACGCCACUCCAUCUUGCCCUGAUGUAUGGCAAGAUUGAAUCCGCCAACGCGUUGAUCAGCAUUGGAGCAGACCUCAGCAAGGAUUCCUAUCUGCAAUUCUGCUUGGACAAAAACGUGCCGAAGAGCGCCAGUUUUGUUAUCAGCAGAGACAGUAGUCAGGUCGAAAAAGUCGAUUCCCUGGGAAGAAACGCCCUCCACAGGGCAGCAGAGUCAAAAGAAUUGAAUGAUUGCAAAAUUCUAGUCAAGGCCGGCGUCGAUCCUAAGGCCGUGACCAAAUCCGGAGAGACGGCAAUGCACUUCGCAGCUUCGAACAAAAAGUUCGGAUGUGAAAUGAUCAAUUACUUCCGGUCCCUUGGACUGGACGUGGACGCGAAGACCAAAUCCGGGGAGACACCCCUCCACGUUUCCCUGAUGUCCGAAAACUUUAUCUUCGCCCAAGCGCUGUUGUGCGAUCACAGAGCGAACUUCAGGGUGAUGAUAGGCGAGGACAACAUCUUCCACUACUGCGUCAGGAACAACAAGCUGCUCAGCGUCAAAUUCGUGCGCAAAAUGGAUCCAGAUCUGUUGAGCCAACGCACAAAGGGUUGGAAAACGCCCCUCCACCUGGCGGCCCAGCACGCCGACCUGAAGAUGUGCUCCUUCCUGAUCAAGGAACGGGGCGCCGACGUGCGGGCCCUGAACGGACGCGACAUGGAAGGCGUCAUGCACUUCGCGGCCAGGAACAAGGAAUGCGAGGACAACCUGGUCGAGUUCCUCUUCAACGAGGGUGCCGACCUUGACGCACGGAACAGUUUCCUGGAAACGCCUCUCGUCGUCGCACUUAAAGAGCAAAACGUUCGCGUCGCUGAAAACCUGAUCAACCUCGGUGCCGACACGACCAUCCACAUCCAAGGAGAAAACUUAAUGUUCCUCUGCGUCAGGUUGAACAAUCUAGCGAGCGUCAAGCUUCUGCACAAGCGCAAUAAGAAUUUGAUCAAGCGACUCGGGGAAAGGGGAGAAACGAUUCUGCACUACGCCGCGGAGCAAUCCAACCUGGAAAUGUGCCAGUGGCUCGUCAGCAACGGUGCCGACUUCAGGGCGCUAAGUGAACGGGACGGAUCGUCGGUGUUGCACUUUGCAGCCUACAACAGAGACGGCUACCGCAUCGUUCGCUACUUUUACACAAAAGUGAACCGCGAUCCUUUGGUGCAAUUUAUCAGCUUCAAAAUGGGCAGGGACUAG